UAUGCGAUUAUAAAUUUUACGGUAACAUGGCAUCGCUCGACGACGAGCUCACAACACAUUUUUUACAUACAACUGAUGAAUUGAAAUGGAUUCCUUUAUCUUUGACUCUAGUUGAAUAUCCACAAGGAGACAUAUUUGGUAAAUUAUUGGCCUUGGUAAGCUUAACACCCUUCAUUAUUUUGACAAGUUUUAUAACAUUAAUUUUAUUCAGAAGAGAUUUACAUACUAUAUUAUUUUUUAGCGGAGUAAUAUUGAACGAAAUUAUUAAUUUAAUAUUAAAAUAUAUCAUUCGUGAACCAAGACCAGUGAAACGUGAUACCAUUUAUAAUGAAUAUGGUAUGCCCUCUUCUCAUGCACAAUUUAUGUGGUUCUUUACUGCAUAUGCAAUACUUUUCAUAUACAUUAGGUUACAUUACAAUAGUAAUAGCACAAUAUCCGAGAAGUUUUGGCGAAUAAUUAUUGUCACUGGCUGUAUAAUAGCAGCAGUUUUAGUGUCUUAUGGCAGAAUUUAUCUACAAUAUCAUUCCACUUCGCAAGUUUUAUGGGGUUUAAUUGUGGGAGCUAUUUUAGGAGUCUCAUGGUUUUUGAUAACACAUAUUAUUCUGACUCCAUUGCUUCCUAUUAUCGUCUCAUGGCAAAUAUCGGAAUAUCUGCUAUUGCGUGACACAUCAUCGAUUCCGGAUAUAUUAUGGUUUGAAUAUACAAAUAUUCGUACAGAAGUUAGAUCACGUUCGCGAAAAUUUGUAUCCAUGAAAUCACAGUAACGUAUUUCAUUCCUGGCCGAAAUAAACGAGCGUUGCCUUUAUAAUAA